AUGCUCGCCCGGAUCACCUCGCAGCAGUCGCGCCUCCUGCGGCCUCUCGCUGUCCGGCACAUGUCCGGCGAUCACCGCCGCGCGCUCUCCUACGCCAGCACUUGCGCCCACGCCACGCACCACUCGCGCUCUGUUGAGGCACUGCGCAAGCGGACCAAGAUGACGGAGGUGCGUGCGUGGGUCAACGAGAGCAACAUGCCGGCGUCCGUCCGCGCCGAGACCGGCGUCAAGGACGUCGAGUUCUCCUUCUGCCCUGGCGAGGGGUGGCUGGCGGCCUGGUACAUUUUUAACGACCUCGACGACAUGGUCGGCACCGACGCGCUCGAGAAGGCCAAGAAGGCCGUGUCGACGGCGCCGCACUACGACAGCAGCCGCGAGGUGCACGAGUUCAAGGGCUUCUACCUCAAGGAGGUCUAAGCGGCUGGGAGCCACCGGCGCGGCGCCCGCAGCGCACCGGCAGACCGGCAGCGUCCGCGACACCGGCACAGCUGCGAGCUGGAGGUUCCUAGGGAGGAGCUGGCGGCACCGGGAGGCGCCGGGUCUCUGCUGUAACGUCGGUGUUGUUUUCUCACGUCGAUCAGUGGAUCAGUUCAGUUCUACUCGCGUGGCAUGUGUCUUUUGGGAUUUGGGCUCGAAUG